AUGGCGUCUCCAGCUGUCAAGAAAGCAAUCUCAGAGGCUGCGCUGCAGUACCAGAAGCCCGAGGGCAAGGUCUUUGAGUAUGGCACCGCAGGCUUCCGGAUGAAGGCUGACCUUCUCAACACCGUCGUCUUUGCUGUCGGUCUACUUGCCGGUCUGCGCUCCAAGAAGCUCAGUGGACAAUGGAUUGGUGUUAUGGUCACCGCGAGUCACAAUCCCGCAGAGGACAACGGCGUGAAGCUGGUUGACCCAAUGGGCGAGAUGCUUGAGGCCGAGUGGGAGACAUAUGCCACUAAGCUUGCCAAUGCCCCUCUGGACAAAAUCGCCGAUGUCUAUGAUGAGCUGGUGAAGGAGAUCGAUGUCAAGAUGACUAACCCCGCCCGCGUGGUCUUUGCUAGAGAUACUCGUGCCUCUGGCUCUCGGCUUGUCGGCGUGCUGAAUGCCGCCCUGACCGCGACUCAGGUUGAAUUUAUCGACUUCAAGUACAUGACCACCCCUCAGCUUCACUACGUUGUGCGCUGCAAGAACACCCUUGGAACACAAUACCAGUACGGCGAGCCCUCCGAGCUGGGAUACUACCAGAAGUUGGUAGAUUCCUUCAAGAAGGUGAUGCGAGGCGUUAAGGUCCAGGGAUCCCUGACCGUCGAUUGUGCCAAUGGUGUCGGUGGCCCUAAGCUGAGGGAGCUCAUUAAACUCCUUGAUACCCCUCUGGACAUCAAGGUCAUCAACGAUGAUGUGAUCAACCCCGACAGCCUGAACUUUGAGUGUGGUGCCGAUUACGUGAAGACCAAGCAACGUGCCCCUCCCUCGUCUAAGGCCGGUCCUCUUGAUCGCUGUGCUUCAUUGGACGGUGAUGCCGACCGUCUGGUCUACUACUUCAGCGACGAGAGCAACGUUUUCCGACUUCUCGACGGUGACCGCAUCGCCACUCUGGCUGCUUCCUUCAUUGGCGACCUUGCCCGCAGCGCCGGAAUCGCAUCGAAGCUCAAGAUCGGAGUCGUUCAAACUGCCUACGCCAACGGUGCUAGCACUGAUUACAUUGAGAAGGUACUCAAGCUGCCCAUCAUCUGCACCAACACUGGUGUCAAGCACUUGCACCACGCCGCUCUGCGAUUCGAUGUUGGUGUCUACUUUGAGGCCAACGGUCACGGUACCGUUACCUUCUCUGAGAAUGCUCUGAAGGCCAUCAAGAACACCGAGCCCCAGUCCCCGGCCCAGCAGCGCGCCCUAGAAUGCCUGCAGGCCCUGACCGACCUGAUCAACCAGGCCGUCGGUGAUGCUCUCUCCGACAUGCUCCUCGUCGAGGCCAUCCUCGCUCACAAGGGCUGGACCCCGAAGGAGUGGCUCGGCACCUACACUGAUCUCCCCCUCGCGCCUGAGCGCAAGCUUGAGUCUCCCGCCGGUCUUCAGGGCAAGAUUGAGUCCCUGCAGUCCCGCUACCACAAGGGCCGCAGCUUCGCUCGUGCCAGUGGUACCGAGGAUGCUGUCCGCGUUUACGCCGAGGCUGCUAGCCGAUCGGAGGCUGAUGACCUUGCUACUCGCGUUGCUAAUGCUGUGCGUGAAGCGGGCACUGACGGUCAGCAGGCUUAA